AUGGAUCGGAGGUGGUGGAGAGCGCAGGCUAUGCGCUAUCUAAUGAGGUUUAAGACUGAGUACACAUGCAACCUACUAAAUAUUGCACGGCAUGCAGCAUUUGGGUGGGAAGCUGCAAAAAUAGUUGCUGCAACUCCUGUUGAAGAAUUGCAAGAGGAUGUCGGAGACAAAUCUAGAUAUGACAUUGAAGAAUUUGUUUGGUCAAGUCAUAAGCCAUGGAUCCCUAGGCCGUUGUUAAGCAUACAUGUGAGAAUGGGAGACAAGGCAUGCGAAAUGGAGGUGGUAGAAUUCGAAGUGUACAUGCAACUUGCUGACCGCAUUAGAAAGCGUUUUCCUCAUCUUAACAGCAUCUGGCUCUCCACUGAAAUGCAGGAAGUGAUUGACAAAUCAAGAUCGUAUGCCCAUUGGAAAUUUUACUACACGAAUGUGACACGACAAGUGGGGAACAUGACUAUGGCAACUUAUGAAGCCAGUCUUGGCAGGGAAACCAGCACCAACUAUCCUCUAGUUAAUUUCUUGAUGGCCACUGAAGCUGACUUCUUCAUUGGAGCAUUAGGUUCUACAUGGUGCUUUCUCAUAGAUGGAAUGAGGAACACCGGAGGAAAAGUAAUGGCUGGGUACUUGAGUGUCAACAAAGAUCGGUUCUGGUAG